AUGUUAUCCCGCCUCGGUUUUAAGAGUGAUGAAGACAGGCUGGUCAGUGCUGGCCAGACUCUGCAUGACUUGGUGUACAUGUAUGUCUCCUCAAGCAACAAAACCUUCCGACUCCUCAAUGCGCAUCUUGGCACCAACUUCCCCACCAUGUCAGUAAAAGAAAACUUCAGCAUUAAAGAGAAUCUGCAGCUCCUGGUCAGUGCUUUGAAAGAGGUGCAAGCAGCUGUGGAAAGAAAAGACAAAGAGAUGCAGAGAAGCAUCAAACAUGGUUUGCCUGCUGAGGUUGCUUGUCCCAGCACCUCCCUGCAGGAGAAGAUCGCUGCAGCAAAGGAACUUUAUGAGAAUUACAAGGGGGUUGUAGAAAGCUUCAUGGUUGUAUUCAUUGCAGUGAUAUUGAAACAUGAUAAUUUCCCUGACACAAUCGAGUCUGCUCUUCAUCAGUUAAUGAGUUCACCUGCGUUAUCCCUCCAAGUAUCAGAACUUCUCAUAGACUAUUCUGAUAUUGCGAAAAGUCUGCAACCAAAUGAGACACCAAGUACCACAGAUGACAACUCUUCUUCGAGUGGAACAUCAGAACAGCUCGAGCUUCUCUCUCUACCUGCCUCCUCUUCAAUUCUUCUUUUUCUACAGAGUAUCCUUCAAGGACAUGGAUCUCUAAAGGGUAGUGUGAAAAUAGCAGCUGACUACUUAGAGGAGGCUUUCAGAGUUCUGAAGCCACCUUGUGAAGAAUUCGAAACCUUUGUUAAAAGUGUUGAAUCCUGUGUCCCAGUGAUAACACAGAAACAGUGA